AUGGCAGCGCCGUGCCAGCCCUGUCCCCGCUGGCACCGGGCCCUUCCCGUGCCACGCUGCCAAAGGCGCCUCUGUCGGGUGAACCUGGCCGAGCAUCCGCCAGAUUACAGGGUGUACGCAGCGGGCGGGAUGGGCUCGGACCUGCGGCCCCACAACUUCCUGCAGCACUAUGACGUGCUCAAGGACAUCUGGGUGUCCCUGGCUGCCAUGCCCACCCCCCGCUACGCGGCCACGUCCAUCCUGAGGGGCACCAAGAUCUACGUGCUGGGUAAGGAGGGAAGGCAAUCCAAGUACGCCGUCAACGCCUUCGAGGUUUUUGACACGGACACGCUCUCCUGGACCAGGUUCCCCAACAUUCCCACCAAGAGAGCCUUCUCCAGCUUCGUUCCCACCGAGGGGAAGCUCUUCAGCCUCGGGGGGCUGCGCCAGGGCCGGCUCUACCGGCAGCCCAAGUUCAUGAGGACCGUGGACGUCUUCGACCUGGAGCAAGGGGGGUGGAUGAAGAUGGAGCGCUCCUGCUACCUGAAGAAAAGGCGAGCAGACUUCGUGGCCGGCUACCUGCGAGGCAGAGUUGUGGUGGCUGGGGGCCUGGGGAAUCAGCCGACCGUGCUGGAGUCGGCAGAGGCUUUCCACCCCGAGAAGAACAAGUGGGAGAGCCUCCCCCCCAUGCCCACCCCGCGCUGCGCCUGCUCCAGCAUCGUGCUGAGGGACUGCCUGCUGGCCGUGGGGGGCGUCAGCCAGGGGCUCAGCACGGCCGUGGAGGCUCUGUGCCUCUCUGACUCCUGAUCCGAGCUCACCUGAGGGGGGAUCC